AAUAACUCAUUCAAAGUCCUCCGUUGUAGUAACGGCACAUAGCGACCAAAUUGUUGGUGAAACCACGGUAAUUCACAGAAAGUAACACAUAUAGUGUCGUAUAUGCACUCAAAAUGCCAUGUGUUGACUUUUUUUUAAGUUGCUCUUCAGUUGUCUGAUAAUAAGCUGUGUGAGGCUGUGCAGAGGUUCAACCGGAGUGACACGCCGUGAUUAUGAGUGUCACCUAACAGUUUGCUUUUUCCAGCCUGCGGUUUGUUUCUGAAACACUUUCUUCGAGCCAUGCUGAAAACGUACGCAACAACAAGCCAAAAGACAGCAUCACCUGAGUCAGACGAAAACUCGAAGCUUACGGGCCAUGGGAGUGAUACUUUGAACCUGACCUCACCCUCAAGAGAUGAGCUAAAAGUUGUCAUCCGGGAUUCUGGGACAGAGACAAACGACAUUAAACAGCUUCUAAACGAGUUCAAACGACUUUACGUGCAGAGACUGAGAUGUUUGGAGCUAGACGCAACAGUGACACAAGAGGAAGUACUGCAGAAGAAAGUGAAUUUCCUGUGGUCUUAUGUGAAUGACCUCGCAGACCAGAACCAGGUGCUGGUUCAGACUAUUGAGGAUCUGCAGAAGGAAGCUGACUACAAGGUUUCCAAAUGGGGAAUGAAGCUCUGCACCUCUGAUCGCAUUUUGGACGUGUCUGAGGUUGAUCUGAGGACUAUGUUGCUGGAUGAGCUUGAGCUUGUUGGACCUGCAGCUCCAACCCCACACAGUACUGGUUCCUUGGUCCACAUCACAUCUGAGUUAGAAGACCUGAAAAUCCAGUUGCAAACCAAGGACAUAUUCAUCUCUGAUCUGGAGAAGGAGCUCAGAGAAAAUUUCCAGCAGAAGCAAAAGACUGCAACACAGGCGCUGGAGAGUAGUGAGAGACUGGUGCACCUGCAGAGCGAACUAUCAUGUCUGCAGUGGAUCCAGAAAGACAACAUGAAGGAGAUUGCUGAGAAAGACAUCUGCAUCACCAAACUGCAAGCUAACAUUGAGAUGCUGCAAGAAGAGGGAGACGACACGCAUGCUCAGCUCUCCAAGCUGGAUGUGAGAGCGAGAGAGCUUCAGGAAGAGCUGAAGAGAAAAGAGGAGGAAUGGAGGCACAGAGAAGAUGAACGGAGACUGAAAUAUGAAAAGGAGCAUCAAAAAGCAGAGGAGAGGAGAAGGCAGGAGCAGCACAAGAGAGAGGAGGAGUGGGUGAAGACAGUGGAGGAGGAGAGGAAGAGGGGGAUUGAGGAGGAGAGAAAGGCCCAUGCUCAAGCCGUUAAAAAGUGGGCUGAGGAGGCAGCUAUGUUGAAUGCUGAGUUAACGGUCAGCAGGAAGCAGGUGGAGCGACAAAACAGGGAGCUGUCAGAGUCUCAGCAGAAGGAGGAGACGCUUCUCUCUGAGGCCGAGGCCAAAAUGGUGACUCUAAGGGCCGAGCUCGGCGCCCUAUUUGAGAGAAGUAUGGAUGAGAAAGAGGCGAAGGUUAACCAACUGACUGAAGAGCUGAAAAGAGUGAGACAAAAGGACUUCCAGCCAAGGUCCUAUACUCCCCCACUGGAGAAUUAA